AAGUAUUUAUAGUAUCUAAGAUUUGAUUGGGUUUUAACGAUUGAUAUGAGUGCAAAUGAAAUCGUGCGGAACAGGUAGUUUACCUGUGUCCAGGUAUUAAGAAUUAGAGGUUAUUCGAGGUUUCGCUGCGCUUAGUGCAACAAGUAAAAAGUCGAAUAGAUGUCUCGGCAAAAAACAGAUUUCUUGGCCCAAUACCGGGAGGAAGAUGAGUCUCUAGACGAAACUCUACUACAAGAAACCGCUGGUGAACAGAAAACCACUCGCAAGACGGCAAAUUCUGCGGAGACCUUUGGACACUCUAGCCCCCGUGUAAGUGCGGACUUGGCCGAUACCUUCAACCUGUUCAAGUCAUACCUGGACAACAAACUAGAUACUCUCAAGGAGGAACUCUCUACGGGUAACGACAUCGAAAAUUUAACAAAAACCAUUAAAAAAGAGGUCUCUGUAAAAUUCAAGAGUGAAGGGAACAAAAUUCAGUUUAACUUUAAUACUGAAAUAUUGGGUGAUUUGAAUAAACUUAAAAAGCGCAUUUCAGAUUCUUCCACUUUGAGCAUCGUUAGAGAGCUCAUUUCCAAGGUUACUAAGCGUAACAAGCUCAUCAGGAUUGCCGAUAAAUCUCCGGCCGGGUGGUCGACAGUCCGUGAGUAUGAAAGUGAUGAUUUGGCGUCCGACUCUGAGGACGAAAAACGUCUACGUCAAGCUGAAAACCGAGCAUUACGAGCUAUCAAGGACAAACGCCGUUUUCAGCCAUACUCCAAGUCUGGUUCUGCAACAACUUCGCUACCUGAUGGUAGGUCUGGUGGUUCUGGCCGUAAUUGUCGUCCCUACAAGCGUAAGGAGGCCUCUCCAUACGACGUGUGCUACAACUGCCAUAAGCUCGGCCAUUGGAAAUCCGCAUGCACUGCCCCAGCCAGAACCAACAACCCAAGCACAAGCUCGUCAACCCAGUGAUUAUGAGAAUCAUACCACCACGCAUGAGACUGAAUAAUAACAAAUCUGCAAUGAAAAACCAACAAUUUGUUGAUCAGUCUGUUUCAGAUCUUUUUGAGAGCGGCUGCGUACAAGAGGUUCCCUUUCAGCCACAUGUGGUCAGUCCACUAAGUGUUGCAGAAAAUAAAGGGUCUGGUAAAAAGAGACUUAUUCUGGAUUUGAGUCAAUUGAAUUAUUUUGUAGACAAAAGAAAAGUAAAGUUUGAAGACUGGCGUAUUGCUUUGAAUUUUUUCAAUAAAGAUUGUUUUCUGUUUAAAUUUGAUCUAAAGUCAGGCUAUCACCACAUAGAUAUUUGUAAAAGUCAGAUUACUUUCCUUUCAUUCAGUUGGAAAGAUAAGUUUUAUUGUUUCAAUGUUUUACCUUUUGGUCUAACGUCUGCGCCUUAUAUUUUUACCAAGUGUCUAAGACCCAUCGUGAAGUACUGGAGAAG